UCUAAUAUUUUCUCAUAAAACGGACAGUUGUCCGGCCUAUCGUAACAGCAGCAGAUAUCGAGGAAGACGGGCCAUAGGAUUCUGGCCAGUGAUAGCCGUUGAUGCGGCGGCGACUGGAGGCCAUGGAAAUAAGCACCUACUUUCGCCGGAACAAAUGGACUGCCAUGGCGGCGAGUGUGUGGAUCCAGUGCACGAGUGGCUCCUCCUACUGCUUCGGCAUCUAUUCACCUCUACUUAAAUCCUCGCAGUCCUAUGAUCAGUCUACCCUAGACUCGGUUGCCUUCUUCAAGGAUGCCGGCGCCAACAUUGGCGUACUCUCCGGAUUCUUAUAUUCUUAUUUCGCCAGCGGCGAUGGUCCGAUUGUCGUUCUCGCCGCUGGUGCCAUUCAAUGUUUCGCCGGAUACUUCCUGAUGUGGCUUUCUGUGACCGGUGCACUACCUCGCCCCCCACCUGGCCUCAUGUGCUUCUAUAUGUUACUUGCGGCACAUUCGCAGACUUUCUUUAAUACUGCUGAUGUGGUUACUGCUGUUGAGAACUUUCCGGGUAGUCGGGGAACCGUUGUCGGCAUCAUGAAGGGCUUUCUGGGUCUCAGUGGGGCUAUACUCAUUCAGAUAUUCCGAACAUUAUUUAAUGGCAACUCAAGCUCAUUUCUGCUGAUGCUUGCUCUGUUACCCUCACUCCUCCCAUUGUUGCUGAUGUUUUUCGUUCAAGUACACCAUACCAGGGGGGGAGAUAAUCUGAGAUAUCUUAAGGCUUUUUCUUUCAUUGUUAUGUCAGUUGCUAUUUUUCUCAUGAUUGUAAUAAUAGGAGAGCAUUUCAUCACAUUAAAAUUUUCAACCCGCAUCAUACUAUUCUUACUGCUGCUGCUUCUUCUCCUAUCUCCAUUAUCCGUAGUAUUCAAAGCUCAUUUAACAGAACUUAGAACCAGAUCAGAAUGUCCUCAUCAUGAUGAAAUCAGAUUGAUAGAAGAGAUAAAUCCAUUAAAAAAUAAGAUCGGCCAAGGUCAAACUCUUCUUCCAAGAGUUGAAAACAUGAAUCUAUUUCAAGCAAUGAGCACAUCUGAAUUCUGGUUGCUUUUUCUGGUCAUGGCGUGUGCAAUGGGCUCAGGUUUGGCAACUGUGAACAACAUAAGCCAAAUAGGAAGUUCACUUGACUACUCGAGCACAGAAACGAGCACUCUUGUUUCUCUAUGGAGCAUAUGGAAUUUUCUCGGUCGAUUCGGCGGUGGCUAUAUGUCGGAUUACUUCCUUCGCGAGCAGGGCUGUGCAAGACCAUUUUUUAUUGCCUUGACUCUUGCUCUAAUGAGUGUUGGUCAUGUCAUCAUCUCCUCUGGUUUUCCGGGCUCAUUGCAUUUGGGUUCAGUACUCAUAGGUGUCUGCUAUGGUUCACAGUGGUCACUGAUGCCUACAAUCACUUCAGAAUUGUUUGGUAUAAGGCAUUUUGGCACUAUUUUUAACACUGUGGCCAUUGCAAGUCCCGUUGGAUCUUUCUUCCUCUCUGUUAGGGUUGUUGGUUAUAUAUAUGAUAUGGAAUCAUCAUCUGGAAUUUGCAAGGGUAGACACUGCUUCAUGCUGUCUUUUCUUAUAAUGGCGUUCACAACAACGAUAGGAUUUUUCAUUUCCAUGGCUUUAUUUUUUAGAACAAGAAUGUUUUACAAGCAGUUCAUGCUGAUGAGGACUUUAUCCUGAGAUGCAAAUUAUUAUAUCUGGUAUUCACUUGCUAUUAAGGAGAAAAGCGUGAUCGAAGAUUUUAUAGAUUCCCAAUAAAUUGAACAGAAGAUGAUUGAAACUACUUUAAAUGGGUCGAUGAAGUAGAGGAUUUCACGUUCAGUAUGAAUUAUAUUGGAAGAGCUGCUUUUGAUGAGAUAACAGGACAAGAUGCUGAUGAUUAUCAAGCCACAAAAUUUCAAGUAAAAGUUGUGAUUACUAUUCUAAUAGCAAUUAUAGUGAAGAUUUUUUUUUUAAAGUUAGACAUGUUUUAAUUUUGUAGGUGAAAAUUUUUUUCACGUAGUUUGAAGGUGAAACUGCAUUUAACCCUGUUUAAAGUUUAGGGGUGUUUGUUUUGAUGUAUUGUGUUAAUAUUUUUUUGGUUUA